AUGCAUGUGGAGAAAAAUGUGUGUGAUAGUGUAAUCGGAACACUACUCAACAUUCCGGGCAAAACAAAGGAUAAUGCAAAUUCUCGUUUAGAUAUGGUUGAGAUGGGUAUACGACAACAAUUAGCUCCAAAGUCAUCUGGUAAGCGAACAUAUUUGCCUCCGGCUUGUCAUACUUUGUCAAGAAAUGAGAAGAAAAGCUUUUGUGAGUGUCUACGUAGCAUAAAAGUGCCUCAUGGUUACUCUUCAAAUGUCAAGAGUCUUGUCUCAUCGAAAGAUUUGAAAUUGGUUGGCCUAAAGUCUCAUGAUUGUCACGUAUUGAUGCAACAACUACUACCAGUUGCUAUUCGUGGCAUAUUGCCUAAAAAGGUUAGAGUUGUCUUAACUAGGCUUUGCUUAUUCUUCAAUGCUAUUUGUAGCAAAGUCAUUGAUCCUAAAAAAUUAGAUGAGUUGGAAAAUGAAGCUGCUGUUAUCUUGUGCCAACUGGAGAUGUAUUUUCCUCCUUCUUUUUUCGAUAUCAUGGUUCACCUAAUUGUUCAUCUAGUGAGGGAGAUUAGAUUGUGUGGUCCUGUUUAUUUGAGGUGGAUGUAUCCAAUUGAGCGAUACAUGAAGAUCUUAAAAGGGUAUGUGAAGAAUCAACAUCGUCCUGAAGCAUCUAUUGUUGAGAGAUACAUCGCAGAAGAAGCUAUUGAGUUUUGUUCUAACUACAUGUCUGAAGCGGAUGCUAUAGGAAUUCCUAUGUCUCGUCAUGGUGGAAGAUUUGGAGGUAUUCGGGGUUUAAAACUUAAACGCAUGGGUCGAGAGGAGGUACUUCGAGCACAAUUGUAUAUAUUGAAUAAUACUGAUGAAGUUCAACCUUACAUUUCUGCUCACAAAAAGAUUGUCAAAGAAACAUUUCCUCGAAUGAACGAAAAAUGGGUUUUGAAUGAGCAUAACAAGACUUUCUUAAAGUGGUUUAAAGAAACCAUUUUAGCUGACAAUACAUGUUCUGAAACAUUAAAACGUCUAGCAAGGGGGGCUAAAUUUGAUGUCAUAACUUGGACUGGCUAUGAUAUCAAUAAUUUUACAUUCUAUACAAAGACUCAGGAUGACACCAGUACCGUGCAAAACAGUGGGGUUAUGGUUGUAGCUGAGUCCAUGCACUUCUCUAGUUCAAAAGAUAAAAAUCCUGUUAUGGCAUCAAUACCUUACUAUGGGAUCAUAGAAGAGAUUUGGGAUAUUGAUUUCAUUACAUUUAGGGUUCCUCUGUUUAAAUGUAAAUGGGUUGAUACAAAAAAUGGUGUUAAAAUUGAUGAAUUUGGUUUUACGUUGGUGAACCUUGAAAAUAUAGCUUAUACGGAUGAACCUUUUAUUAUGGCAUCUCAAGCAAAACAAGUGUUUUAUGUUAGAGACCCUUCUAGUUCUAACAAAAAGUGGUCAGUGGUUCUCAAAGGUAAAUGCAACCACAGACCUAAUGACAGUGAGCAUGCAACGCUAGAUAUUUAUGAGACUCCUUCUUUCUCACAACGGGUGCCAACUUUAGUUGAAGAUACGAUUGGUGACGAGGUGUAUGCCACUCGUGAGGAUCAUGAAGAAGGGAUAUGGGAAAAUACUCAAACUGUAACAGGAAAUUAA